CUAUGGUUACGUUAUAGUCACAUCCACAUCAAAGUCGAGCUGUCAAACAUAAAUUCUUGUCAUUAUACACAUUUCCUGCUGUUUAUAAACAAUUUCUACUUCUAGGCAGCUAAAAUCAUAAAAAUGCUACGAUUCAAAGCAUUUUUCUUGCUUAUAUGCAUAACCUCUGUGCUUUGUGAGCCAAUGACUCUCGAAGAAGACUCCAAUCCAAACACAAAACACACCAUAGAAGGUCGUAUCAUCAUGGAUGCAAUGUUUGCUUCACCUAACUGGGCAGCUAAUACACGUAUUCACGUCAAUGGUGGAGAAUACCUUGGUUUUGUCAAGGAAGAUGGCUCAUUUCUCAUCCACAACAUCCCAACAGGUUCAUACAUCAUUGAAGCACUCAGCCCACACCUCACCUAUGAGCCAGUUCGAGUUGAAAUCAACAGCAAAGGCAAGUUUAGAGCCAGAAGAGUGAACCAUAUUCAAACUGCGCUGGUUAUCCAAGUACCAUAUCCUUUAAGAAUGAAGCCACUUGGCAUGACAAAGUACUUCCAGCUUAGAGAACAGUGGAUGAUUACUGAUUUCCUAUUCAAUCCGAUGAUUCUUAUGAUGGUGCUACCUCUUCUGUUGAUCAUGGUCCUACCCAAGAUGAUGAAUGAUCCAGAAACUAAGAAAGAAUUAGAACAAAUUGGUAAUAUGACUAAGUUUGAAAUGCCACAGAUGGGUGAUAUGGUAACAAAUUUCCUGGCUGGUGGAGGACCACAGGGGACUCAGCAAGCUGGUACCCAGAAAAAGAAUGCCAAAGCUAAGAAAAGACAGUAAUUUCAUUUGUACUAGUCAUUGAUAAAUGAAUUUAUACCUACAAUACAAAACUGGUUGAAGUUUUGGUUAUAAGUCGUCUUUAGUAAGAAAUUUAAAUUAAUUGCAAUAAAAUAAUUAUGUUAAUGAACAAACUUUUCGCAUACGCAAAAAAUAAAUCACUUCUUAUUUA